ACUUGAGGCCGCUUGGGAGACACCGCAUUCCAGGGAAUACAGCAGCAAAGCGCCGGGCAUUUCGCCGGGACCAGCCAUGGGAUAAAACUACCAAACCGACAGUGGCUGCGCUGUUUUGAGAUCGUACCAUUUUGCCACGGUAUUUUUAGUUUCAUCCCGGGACGGCGCUGAUAGCCAAGUGACCGAUGUUUUUGCUAGUGAGAGAGGGAAAUCUGUGCACAUCUACGGCGGCUCUCCUCCGCUCCAGAGCCCGUUACGAAAGCAGCUAGCAUCUGAUUAUACGAUGGAUCGAGGAUGGUUUACUUUGAACAAUACCACAAUUAGAUCUUCUUUCUCCAAUGCACAGUUUGUAUGGCCAUAAAUAGCAUAAUGAGGGAGCACAGAGCGGGAGCAGUAGCGGAGGAGACAGUUGCAUGGGAAAUACACUAGAUUUAUAUUAAUAUGUGGAAUUUAUUGACAAUUUAGAUCUUUUAACAACAUUUACGCUUUUUGGAUUUAUUUGCAAAAAACAGGUUCGGUUGCUCGUUUCCACCGUGAUAUCUGGCAACCCUGGACCGAACCUCAUCCUUGGACCUCAGCAUCCACACGUUCAUUCAUUCAAGCGGCGGCGUUUUGGUGCUAAUCCAGCCGGCCAAGAAGCGCCUUUUUCGGGCAUAACCAUGGGACCUGGAUGUGUUUUAUGUGACUUUAUGUUCUGGGACUAUCGAGAGGAGUCAUGACAGCUAAGCCGAGUUGCAAGCAUGUCUCUCUCAUCCCUGGCCCCCCUCCAAAGACUUGAUGCUAGCAGCGAGCUAAGUGGCUAACAGCAUCUUUUAAAUAAUCUAAUAUUUUUUAUUUAAUGAUCCACAAAUGGUAUCCCACAAGGUUUUCGUGGCAAUAAUCUUGCUCAACCUGUACAUAGGCGUGCAGUCGAUUUUUUAUUUAUUCGGAGGUGUGAUUUUAACUGUGCUAUUUGCUAGCUUUUUAAAUGGACCCCGGCUUCUGGACUGGGCAAACUCACCUCCACAUCUCCAGUUCAAUAAAUACGUCCUAACGGGAUACCGGCCAAUCUCCUCCGUGCAAGACUGCAUCAAGAGCCUGUUUUACCUGCACAACGAACUGGGGAACAUCUACACACACGGCAUCCCUCUGGUCUGUUUCCUGGUGCUGCUGCCUCUGAACAUCCCCUGGUCCCAGAUCGGAGUGACGUGGCUGGGUGUGGUGCACUUCCUGGCCUGCCUGUCCCCUCAGCUGGGCUCCGUGCUCUACCACCUGUUCAUGAACCACGAGGGGGGAGAGCCAGUCUACCACACCCUGCUCAAGCUCGACGUCUGUGGCAUCUGCAUGAUCAACACACUGGGGAUGCUGCCGAUCGUCUACAGCACGCUCCUGUGUUACCCCGUGAUCCGGACCCUGGCGCUGCUCCUCUACAUCCUCCUCUCCACGCACGCCAUCUACUGCGCCGUCACCGCGCGCAGCUCCGUCCGGCGCCUGCGCUCCUUCGCCUGGCAGGCCCUUUUCCGAUUCUCCUUCUUCAUCCUGCGCUGGGUUGGGGUGGGGGGGGGCAGCCCGACGUCGCUCCGCCAUUUUGUCACCAUGGACGUGCUGGCGGUUCUGGGCGGAGUCAUAAACAUCGCGCGCAUCCCGGAGAGGUUCAGACCGGGUUUGUUUGACUACUGGUGCAACAGUCAUCAGAUCAUGCACGUGCUUGUGGUGGGGUCCAUCCUCUAUCUCCACUGGGGGGUGCUAGACGACUUGCUCUGGAUCAAUAGUUACAGUUGCCCCACGGACUGACCCCUCCCAAGCAGCCCCUGUGUCCUCAAAUGCCAGACUUUAGGACUAACUAAAAAGACAAUAGGGCGAGGGGCUGUGCGGAGAUGUAAGGAAUAAAAGGGGAAACUUAUGCAUGUGUUAGUCCUUGAAUGUUCAUAUCUUUAACUGUCUACUUCUCUCCUCCAUCGGGAUACAGGUGCAAAAGAAGCAAGCGGCAAAAACGUCUUCGAGAAGUUUUGAAUUAUUCACCGCAGUAAGGUGCACUGUGUAACUUUUCUGGAGGAGCAUCUGUCAAAUGCUUUUUUUUAAUGGAGAUGCUAUUGCUUUGGCUGGAAUAUUUCACAGUAUGGCAUUAAAGCUUUUUAUCUUCACAAAGAAUAGAACGAAGAAGAAUAUGAAGAGAUUCCCCUCUCACAGUCAGAAUGCCUGUUUUUAUAGGUAUUUUUGCCCUUUAAAACUAACUGUAAUUGAUUAAAUGUAGAAAAUGUUAAAGGUAGAGCCGUUUAAUGUCAUAUUGUGGAACAUUCCAGAGAGACGUAUCCGUAGAAACAAGCAAGUGACGAACCCCAACUGAAAAGUUACAUAGUGCCCCUUUAAGGCCUUGUCCAAACUAAGAUUUUUCAAAAUGUAACCAGAAAACAAAUCUCCAAAAUUUAUUAUAUCUUUUUUAUUAUUAUUUGCAAAAUUAAGCGAUACAAAUGUUUAGUCAAGUAAUAGAGCAUGACAAAUAAGGCAUCAGACAGGAGCAAAAAGUAAAUCAAAUAAAUUAAGUUUAUCUAUCUGUGGGUUUCAAAAUGAUGAGAAGUUAAAGCUACAGUUAACUGCCAUAGGGAUUAACAUUUUAAAACUAAGUAUAUGUUUUGAAGUGGAAAAUGUCCUCGAAAUUGGAAACGGGAAGCUGAAAUCAAAAACUUUUUUAGAAUAUUAGCAGUUUGACUUAUAGCGACUUCUUAGUCAAAGUGGAAAUUCAAAACUCAAUUAUGAAGAAAUAAAUGUAUGGUCACUGGACAAUUCUAUACAACAUUUAAAUGAAUUUGGUUAAGAAAAAAAUUACUCAAAUUGUAUCUAAAUAUAUAGGCAUACAUAACAUCUCCAUGGAGACAAGCUGGCGACACUCCACCACAAAAAUUAUGUAGUGCAUCUUGAAAGACAUGUACUUGACUAACUACAGACUGCUUUCUGUUUUUCCUCUUGUGACAUUCGGCCCCUGGGUUUGAACAGGGUUUGUGUCUCUGUCACUUUGCUGCAGCUUUAGGUGUGAAAAUGUACAGGAGGCUGUCAGAGCAGGUCUCAAUCAAGACAGCACUGAGAAAAAGAAUUUAAUUUAAAAUACUUUAGUUAGAAUCACUUUCACUUAACAUUAUAGAUCUGAGCAAUUUUUGAGGACAUUUUAGUACAUCUUUUAGUUUUAGGUUUUUGCAGAUUUGACCAGCAUUAUUCAUUCCUGUUUCAAUAAAUUGCAUUUCAAUUUCUGCCCAAAAGUGAAAGAAAAUAUUUCAAACUGAAACCUGAAAUUUCCUAGUUUGGCAUAUUUAGCUUUGAAAAGAAAUGCUUCAACUUUUGGAAAUUGUCAAAUAUGUCAACAACAACAACUACAACUUUUACAAACCCUGAUCUAGACAGAGAAGAAUCCUGCACACCGUUUUACUUGCAAAUUGUGAAUUCAUUUGGGACAUCAGGAAGUUUUCAGCCCUAGAUCUUCAACAGGCAAAUAGAGGAAGAGCUCUAGGCAGCCAACUUAAAUAGGGUGUGGCAAGCACCCAUGGGUGACAGGUUGUUAAAUGAACAGUUUACCCUAAAAACAGCAGGGUAAUAAGUAACAACCCAAAUGUAAAUCACUGUAAUAAUAAUCAUCAUCAUAAUAAAAACAAAGAGCAUCUGGGUACAUAAUGAUAUUGUUUAGAGUUACCAGGCUAUGGAGUAAAACUGGUGUGCUAUAUAGAUAUUUAUAUAUAUACAAAACCUGAUCUGAAAUUCGGAAUGAAAGCUAAACAUUUUUAGAACAACAUUUUUAGUGUUUUAUUGAAAAGCUUAACAAUAUUCCAAAGAUUUAUUUCAACAUUGUCCAUGAAAUGUGUAAACAGAUAAAUAUAACUAAUAAUACAUUUCCAUCUGAAGCUUUAGAUCCUAUUGAGAACCAAGUCCAUUCAUGCUACAAUGAAAUAUAAGAAAUGUUUCAGGGCCAUAGCAAUAGGACCAUAAAACAAACCUAAAAUGUCUUUGUAAUGUAGCUCUAUAGAUUAAAAUAUGGAGGAAAAACAACAUUGUACAUGAUUUCCUGUUUGGACAUUGGUUUUUUUUUUCACUGUCUUUCUUUGUAGAGAGAUUGCUUCCUGGCUUUAGGCUCCAACUGACAAUACAGAGAAUAUUUGCAUGUGGUUUACAACAAGAAAAUACAGGCUUUAGUUUGGACAGGGCCUCCAUUAACGUCUGUACGCGCUCGAAUAAGUGAAAGAAAUGAUUUGGGCUUUUUCAGUGGUGCAUGAAGUGUUGAUAUAUUGUUAUGUUAAAGUUAAGUCCAUGAUGAAAAGCUGUGGUAUUGACUCUGAAGGCAAGGUGGACGAAGUGCCUUGCCCAAAGACGCAGUGGCAGUGUGUAAUGGUUGUAGCCAGAGUUGAACCAUCAAACCUCUGGCCCUGUACCCACUCUUACUCCAUUACUGGUGUCAGUUUAAGUCAGCUGAUAUGUUGUCUGUAAAAAGAUGUCUACAGUUUUGAAUAGUUUUCUAUUAAGGACAUUUUACUAGACAAUUUACAUUUCAAAUCAGUUAUUUAAGUAGUUUGGUAAAAAAAAAAAAAUAGGGCUGUACAAUAUGAGAAAACACUUUUAAUUUUCUAUAGCUAUAUUAAAGGUGCGUUCUGCCACCUGCUUGUCUCCAUGGAGAUGUUAUUACGCAGUACGGCAUUAAACCUAUUUAUUUUGCAUUCAUUCAACUUCAGGUGUUUUUGUUGCUUAAAAACACAUGGAAAAACACAUAUUCUUACCGUGGAGAUUAGUUUAGUUUAAAGUUUAAUGAUAUAUUGUGGAACACUCCAGGCUAAGCAAUAACAACACCAUGGAGACAACUAGCACCAAAAGGUCACACAGUGCACCUUUAUUAACUGCUUUAGCUAUCUAUAUAAUGCAGAGAUUCAUUCUCUGAUUAGUCAAAACUGUCCCAAGUGAUUGAAACCAAGAACUUUGAAAUGGAGAAAUGAGAUUAAAGAACUAUUAUGGACUUGUUUUUGGUCAAAUUAGAAUAGUUUGUACCUUGCUAUUAUGUCUGUGUACCUUGCUUUAUAGGUUACUAAGCGCAGUACAUUUAAUUUAAUUGUUUGUUUGAUCUGAUAAUCGGAUUUGAAUUCUCUAUAUUCUGUGCAGCCCUAUUCAAAAACACAAUUACCCCUAUUUGGUAUCUCUCUUGUACAACAUUUUCAAACCCACUGUUAAAAGCCCAGUUUCAUGCUUUUGUCUGACUAUAUCCUUUAUUAUAUCAAUCGUUUAGACAGACCUGCUCCAUUGUUCCUGUCCUUACCUAUGCACCAAAUCCAUAUCUCACUAGUUUAAUGUGUUUUUGACGCGGUUUUGAAUUUCAUUGCCAACAAAAAGGAUUUAUAACAUGGGCUGGGCACCGUUGAAUAAUAUUUGAAGGUACAAUACAGCUGCUGAAAGUUUUAGCAUUGCUGAUUGUCUUUGGUACUUGCUUGAAAAGUAUAAAAUGCUAUUAAACGUACACUUUGUAACUUUUCUGGCAGGGGGUCUGCCACAAACCUGGUCUGGAGGCAGUGUGGGCUUGUCUCCAUGGAAAUAGAAAAUGUUUAAUGCCAUACUGUGGGACAUUCUAGAGACAGCAGUGACAUUUCCAUGAAGACAGGCAGAUGGCGGACCCUCCAUUAGAAAGUUACACAGCUAUACAUUGUAAUUUCAAGAGUAAUCACAAUCCUGUCUUCACAAAAUUACAUAUAUAUUGGCUUUCUCAAAACAAAAUCAUUUACAGCAUAGUUCAUUUAGAUGUCAACAUGGAUAAUAUACGAAGAUUUUAAAAGUUUACUUGCAAUCAUGGUGCUUAUCAAUGACCAAAUCUACUAGUUUUAAUUUAAAACUUAUAAUUUUGCUCAAAAUAAUGUAAAAUGUUUUGUGUGUAAUGUAUUUUUUGUGAGAAGAAACAUCACAAUAUAACAAAUAUUCACAGUUUUUCAUAAUUCAAAUCAAAACCACGGCUUACCUGGAAAUAUGGUAAUAUCAAUUAACCAAAUACUCUUUACAUCCCUACUGUUUAUUAUUGAUGAAUGCAGCAAGUAUUGUAAACCUGAUAUCCAUGGUUUUCAGAAAGAUGAAAAUUCAGCACUGUUACUAUAGGAAUUAACAAUCAACAAUUCUUCAAAAUGUCACAUAUAAACAGAAAUCUGAACCCACAGAUUUCAGACAGGUAAAUCUGGAUUGAAUACUUUUGAACGGUGCCCAGCUCUGGUUAUAACAUAUAGUUUUUUGCCAUUGCCUCUAAAUGAGUUUGUGUGUGGACCGGGGAAGCUAAAGGGUUCAUUCCUGUCUUAUAUUGUUGUUUUUGAGUUGACAUUGUGUUUAGAGUUUUCUAAUUUUGCUAGGCUGUUUUGCACUAUUGUUCUGUGUGGAAAUGAAAAGCUGUCUCUUAAGAAUGCACAAUGAAAGAAAUGCACUAUGGUGAAUGCGUGGUAUGAAAAAGCAGACAUUUUAAAAGUUGUGUUACUUUUUAAUAACUACUCUGUAAAGCUCCCAUAUUUUGCAAAUUUGACUUUUGAGAACAUUUAAGUGUGUUAUAAUGUUGUUGUAUACAUCUCUAAAGCUCAAAAUGCUCUAUUCCAGCUUGUAAUGUCAUGAAGUAGUAGUUUUUAACAGCUACCUUUUACCUUUUGUUAAACAGAGAUUGGAAAUUCCACGUCUGAGAAAGUCCAACUGAUUCUAGUGAAGGUGUAUAGGGUUUAAAAACACAGUGGAGCACUUGCUGUAUUACCACAUGACAUCACAAGGUGGAACAGAGCAUUUUGAGCUAUGGAAAAGUAGACAGACUAAUAAUAAAGGAUUACUCAAACAUGUGAAUGAAACAAAACACAACUCCAGGUAUAUUUGUGAUGAGGUAACAAUAUUAUAUCAUGCCUUAAAGCUACAAGAGUCAAUUUUGCGUAAUAUAGGACCUUUAAUCAGUUGACUAUUCUGUCCCAGUCUCUGAUCUACAACAUCGUUUAUGAAACACAGACUUGUUUCAUUUGACACAUAGUCCUGUAAACUAGUUUGUUAUUCAAAUGUUUCCAUGAUACUGAAAUGUAAUGCACUGAGCAGCAUUUAUCAUGACUAAAACGUCAUGAAUGUGUUUAUUUGAACGAAGCGAGGACUAUAAAUCACAUUAUGUUGUUUUAAAUGGUCUUUUUAACACAUUUUUGCCAAAUUUAAUAGAAAAUACAGGUAGUACAUGCACUGAAAGUACAUGUACUGUUUUACAUUGCACAUACUGUAUGUUUUAUUAAGUGUCAAAAUUAAAUAAGUUAUAAUCAUGAAAUCGAUCAAUGCAAACUUGAAAAAUGACUGAAAACUCUUGUGUAAUUUCAAAGAUUAAAGGUGCACUAUGUAACUUUUCCGGUGGAGGGUCUGCCACCUGCUUGUCUCCAUGGAGAUAUCAUUGCUUUGUCUGAAAUUUUCCACACUAUGGCAUUAAACUCUAGCAUUGAUUCAAGUACAGGUCAUUUUUUUGUAUCUUAAACCUUGAAAAACCUGCAUUCUUACUGUGAGUGUGAGCAGGACAGCCUCCACAGAUCUGACCUGUAAUUUGACCUGAUGAGGCCAGCUGCUUACAUCCGAGAAGAGUUAAAUGCAAUACAGGGGGGGUGUUUUAUAGCAUCGCUGUGGUGACAAGAAGGUGACCGACCCUCUACCAGAAAAGUUGCAUUUUAUUCCACAGUUACCCAUUUGAAAUCAUGUUCUCUUGGUUAACUCACUGCUUUAUCCUCCUCAUUUGUGCGAUAUGGCUUUUUGCAUAAUCUGAUUGAGUCGUAUUGUCUGAAAGCCCCGGGUUCACUGUUUCAAAUAAUCGCGGUCAGAGUUCACCGAAAUGUUUAGCUUCGUUGAGAUUAUCCGGGAUUAUCUUUUCAUUUUGGCACAUGUUUUUCUUUUACACAACGGUUUUAUGGUCACCCGGACAAUAUCCACUUCAGGGACAAGUUGGGCAUUGGAAACUUCUAGGAAAAAUUAUAUGAAUACAAGAUACUAAAAAUUAGAAAAUCUUUUAUCACCGUUGCAAAAUUAAACAGCUAAAUUAAAGCUGCUAUGUAACUUUUCUGGUAAGAGGUACAGUAUACGCCGCCCAUUUAUCUCCAUGGUGGUGUUAUUGCUUUGUCUGGAAUGUUAUUCAAUUACAAGUGUUUUUAUAGCUCAAAAAUACCGGGAAAACAUGCAUUCUUGCUAUGAGGGGGGCUGCCUCUCCACAGAUCUGACCUCUAACCUAAUAAAUACAUUUGUCAUACUGUGGAAGAUUCUGGGCAAUGCAAUAAAAUCUCCAGUGGAAAAGUUGCAUCUUUAAGUCAAACUACUUCACUCAUUCUUGCCUAACUUAUUUUAGCAUUUUGAAAAAAUUUUAUUCUUCUGUUAUAGGUGGCUAUAAUGCUUUAGUCUUUUAUAUUUCUAUUCUUUACUACAUAAUAAAACUUCUACUCUACUUUUACUAACUUUAAAGGUUCUAUAUUACGCAAAAUUUACUCUUGUGAACCGUAAAUUAUAUUAGAACGUUGUUACCGCCUCAAAAAACAUACCCCGAGUUGUGUUUUUUGAUUAAUUCACACAUUUUUGAGUCAGACCUUUAUCAUUAGUGUGUUAAACGUGUGUGAAUGAAACAAAACACAACUCCAGAUAUGUUUUGCGAUGAGGAAACAACAUCAGAAAAUAGUCAUAUGGGCCUUUAACAAGUUUCAAUUCAACCAAAAGUGACUGCGAUAUGUAGCCGUUUUUUAAUGCAAUUUUAGCUUUUGACAAUUUAGAACAUGUUUACAAAGAUUUUCAUUUGUGAGUUAUGUUUUCAUGUUAUUUAUUUUGUCCAUAGCAUUAAUGUAUGUCGGGUUUAACUUGCACUAUAAUGGCACUGUUUUAAAUGUAAGAGGAAUGGACCCUUUAGCAUUUGUUGCUUUGUGUUUUGAAAUUUCUGUAUGAUUAUUUAUUAUUUAUGUUUUCUGGUGAACUGUUAAGGGGAUCAACUUGUGUGUUUGUUUUGUUGGAGAUGGUCUGAAAUGAACUUUGCAACAUGUCAUUUUUGUUGCCAAUGGUUACACCUAUA